CCACAGGUCGGAGGACAGACCCCUCCGGAGCUGCACGCACACAAUGAACAAAACUCCCAGAGAUCAACACGAUCAGCUGUGAAACCCUCCGCUGCAUACAAGCGAUUUCCAUUGAGUCUCCUCUUGUAGUCUGUGGACGUUCAGCUCUCGUCAGAUCCCCAGGUAUGAUUCAGAGGAAGGAGGUGGUGUUGUCUGUUCUGGGGGAGCUCCAGGAGGCAACAGAGAGCUCCGGCCUAGACGCUCUGACCCGAGUGGCCCUGGAGGUGGACCAUAUCCUUGCUCCCUUCCAGCUCCCAGAGACCCCCUGUCAGGAUUUUCCCGUGUGGGCAGGCGUGGAUAGCUUGGCUCAUGGCCUGUACCCACCCGACGCACCCAUUGGCCUCCUGCCUUUAAACUGUAAGGGGGAGGGCAACCGUCUGUUUGACGCUGUAAGCAUGCUGUUAGUGGGCAACGCUGGACUCAGCUUAGAGCUACAGGUCCGGACUGUAGUGGAAAUGGUGCUGUGGAAGAGAUACUAUCUGUCCGGAAUGAUCGAUUCAAAAAUGAUGCUUCAGGCUGUUCGCUUCAGCCUCUGUGCUGAAGAGUCUGAGGACAUGCUCAACCUGCCUGUAACAGUCCUGGAGGCCAUCUUCGACGCCGACGUCAAAGCGUCCUGCUUCCCCGGCUCCUUUGCCAACAUGUGGCACGUGUACGCACUUUCGUCUGUCUUACAGUUUAACAUCUACUCCAUCUAUCCCAAGUUCAACCUCAAGAUCCGGCCCUAUUUCAACCGUGUUAUACGCCCAAGACCGUGGCCUAAAGACUGUGAUCCGCUAACCCUCCACAUCAUGUGGUCUGGAGAGCUGCAGUCUGGGUCGUUGUUCAGGCCGAACCACUUUGUGGCACUAGUCCAGACAAGUGAUCUCAGGUUUGGAAGCCAUGACAGCCAGCAGAGGGUGUCGCCAAUGAAGAGCGAGGACCUGCUGAAUCAGGACUUGCAGCUUUCCUACCCGGGUCUAAAGGACAAGUACAACAUCACCAAGAGGACCUUCUACCGCUGGAAGAGGCAGACGCAGGAGCACUGCAAAAAGUCAGCAGCCAGGUACGAGGCAAAGUAUUUCCUGCAGGCCUGCUAUUUGGAGGGCAAGCUCAUCCCUUUGCACCAGUUUAAAGAGUUUUUCCCUGAGAUCUCAAGGUCGUCGUACUACAACUGGAAGCAAGAGCUCCUGAAAACCGGAGGAAACUUCUCCACCUCAUCAUCCGCUGGAGAGAUUAGUCCUGGAGAGAGCACGGAGCAGGAGAUCUGGUCCUCGCCUGAAGCGAAGCUGGAUGAGCCAGACCAUAAUGACAGCGUGGCCAGCAUGUUUGGCAUCAGCCUCGGCAAGUUGGACCUGGAGCGGGCCCAGACUGUAGCUCACAUGCAGGAAGCUAAGCGCUGUCUGCAAAAUUGCAUCGCCAUGAACUCCUCCCUUCCCUUCAGGAUCUUCAAAAGAAAUUUCCCAGGGAUCUCCAGGUCAACCUACUACAACUGGAGGAGAGAAGCCAUGCUGUUCAACGGCGGUUACAAAGGCAACAUUGGCAGCAGUGAGGACAGCUCGGACGCUGACAAGAGCCAUAGUCCAAAAAGUCUGUCCCCGGUCCUGCCUCACAACAACCAUCCCUUCGCACCCAAAAGUAGAAUCUGUGGGCAAAAACACAAAAGUUUCAUGCUGGCGUACAUCAGUAAAAAACAGCUCCGAGAUGCUGCGAGAUUACAUGUCCAGAAAUACAAAUGGUCCCUGACGAAGUUCAAGCUCAAGUUCCCAACCAUGUCCGCCUGUUUCUUCUGGCUUUGGCGUAGCAGUCAGAACCGCAAGAAGAUGAUCGUCACGCAGAGCGCAAAGAUCAACCUUCCUGAGAGUCCGGAGAGCACUGCUCCGGAAAACAAGAUCAUGGAGAGGAGGAUGUGUAGUCAGCAUGUGCCCCCAUUUGUUGAGAGUCCUAAACCUCUAGAAAGUUCCCCCAUUCCCCCGUUUCCUGCCCCACGUCCAAAGCACACCCCUCACAGCAAGGCGCCCAUAGAUGAGCAGAUGUUUGCGAUGGAUGUUGUGGCUCUGGCCAACUUCAAGGCCAAGGCCAAGCUGUUCCUGCAGCAACGCUUUGAGGAGAAAUCCUUCCCCACGUUUAAAGAAUUCAGGUCUUACUUCCCCUUCACGCCACGCUCAACGUACUACAUGUGGAAGCGAGCUUUGCAUCAUGGGGUGUCGCUGGUUCAUGGGUAACCAUGACCACUGCUUUUAUCUUACAAAAAUGGGCUUUUAGGAGCGACAUGAAAGCUCUGAUGAAGAACUUCUUGGACCCAAAAACCUCCCGUCCCUCUCUCCACCAGUGCAUUUUACUGUAAACAUACUACACAAGCGUUACUUCAUAUCCUAAAAGACUGUUAAGUGCACCGAUUUAGCAUCUAAAUGCAUUGUGUCCUUCCUCUGCCCCACCACCACAGCUCAUUCCUCCCUCCUGGACAUUUGCACGUGUGUGAAAAGAAGCUGAGUUGUGGGUCAGUUUAAACCCUGCAUGUUGCCCUCCAGGCAAAAGGCAGUUCAAAGCUGCUGUUUAGUGUCAUUUUGUUUGAAGCUGUUUCUCCUCCACUCUCUUUUAAUCCUUGCUAAGCAUUGUACUCAGGGUCCUUUUUAUUUUUCAGUUUUCAUUGUAGUAAGUUUGUUUAUGCUUGAAAGUAGGAUUUUUUGUUGUUGUUGAUGCUUGUGAUAUUGAUCUGGGAGAUUCCUAGUGGUGUCAUAUGUUUUUGAUACUUAUAAUGUAAAGAGAAGCCAGUGUUAUAUUUUUUUCCCCAAUUGUUCUACUUUUGAUUAUUGAAUGUACACCUUUUGUGCACCAAAGUUGUAGCUGGUUAUCUUGAGGUUUUGGCUUUUUUGUUUGUUUUUGGAUAAUCUACUUUGAAAAUGCCUCUUUAACGUUUGGUGAUGCACAUUAUUUGAACUGUGAGUUAUGUCACACUGUUUUUGCACUGAAAUAGUUCCCACGACACUGUUGAAUGUAUUGUCUUAACCGUCAUGCACACUGGUUAAGUUUGAAUUUUCCUACAAUUCAGUUUU